AUGCCUCCUCAUGUAAAUCAACCAUUAACAGAACAAGCUAUAUACGAUUUAAGAAAUAAUUUAAGAAAAGCAACUAAUGAUAUAAAUGAUUAUGAUGAGGAUAAUUAUAGUGAUAAUAUUGAGCAAGAAGAUGAUGAUAUUGAAAAUCUUUAUCAAAUACCAAUGCCAAUUGAAUCAACAACAACAACAAUAACAACAUCAGAAAUAAAAUAUGAAUCAAUAAAAUCUUCAUCAAAUCGUUUUCUAUCGAAUUUUAUUUAUUUAUUAUUAUUAUUAUUAUUAACUCAAACAAAUAAAUGA